AUGGAUAAUUUAAAAGAAGACGCGAUACAUCAUACAGCUAUGAAAUUAGCUGAAGAAUUAAAAAAUCUCUCCAUUUACAAAUCAUUUUAUAGUGAUGUUCAAAAAUUAGACCCCCUCUCUUGCUUGACAAAAGCGAGUGCCCAAUGGGAGAAGAGGAUACAUAAAUCUUUAAACUCAAUGUGCUCUGAUUUGGAGACUUCAUUAGCUAAAGUGCGUUCACAAAGCGAACAGGAAGAACUGACAGAUAAAUGGAAUGAGCUCAGUACAUAUAAUUUAGGAGUGAAUCCUAAUAUGCCCAGUUCAGUCUCUGGCUUCGCAACACUAGAAGCAGAAAGGAUUGGAUUGGGAGAGCGCGUGACCGCCUUGGGUUAUGCUCCUGUAAUUCAAGAGUAUCUUAAGAAGGGCAGUCCUCAAUGUCUUCGAGCGAAACUGUGGGCUCAAGUUCUGGGCGCUGAUGUUGGUACUCAGCAUAUAGCGCACUUCAAUCGAUUGAAAAAGAGCGUGCUCGAAGUGGACCUUAUGAUAGAUAAACUGAUCUUCAAAGAUGUUCAACUUACUGCCUCCAAUGAUGACCAAUACUUUGUGUUUGAAGAUUUAUUGUACCAGGUAAUGUUAUGUUUCUCAAGGGAUGGGGAAGUUAUGCAACACCUCAAAGGGUGUAUCGGAAACCCGUUAAAUGUCACCAUCAAGGGGAGACAGACUUCUGUGGACAGCAUCACCGUGUUCCCUCCCAGUGGUAUUAUACCAUUUCACGGAUUCACUAUGUAUGCUACACCUUUCUGCUAUCUAUACGAUGAUCCAGUGCAGCUCUACUUUAUAUUUCGAGCUUUUUACAUUCGAUAUUGGCACAAGCUCCACUAUAUAUCGACGCAUCCUCAGGGUAUUGUAUCUCUUUGCCUUCUCUAUGAAAGACUGUUGGAAGCGAAUGAACCUCUAUUAUGGAUCCACUUUCGGAAUAUUAACAUCAAUCCAAUACGAGUGGUUUUCAAAUGGAUAAUGCGCGCUUUUAGUGGCCACUUACCUCCCGACCAACUUCUACUCUUAUGGGAUACCAUACUGGGCUACGACUGUUUAGAAAUACUGCCUUUAUUAGCGGUGGCAAUACUGAGCUUUAGAAAGGAGAAUCUAUUCCAAGUGAACACGUUACAAAAUGUCGACGCUGUUUUGGCGGAUCUGUCGACGAUAUCAGUAAUAUCGCUCUUACAAUUGGCGCUAAUGAAGCCGCAAUAA